UUUUGAUAAUGUAAACACGUCUGCUGUUAAGAAAGAGAAGGAAGCCGAUACAGUUGAGGAGAAUUUGUUUCUUUUAUAAAAGAUAGCUUCCUAGCUGUUUUCCUGGACGGGUCAAGACCGCACUACCUCGUACGGUCUUAGCGAUGCUUGAGAUGCAGCAUCCUGUUCCUGCACGCCGCCCUCCUCCAGUAAUUAAAUCUUAUAACAGUCGUAUCUCAUGUAACGUUGUCUUUUGUAACCGAACACUUCGGGUGGUCCGACCAGUAUGGAUCAAUUUUAAUGGGGAGCCGCAGCCGUUCAGAGACUUGCAACCCGGAACCGGGAGGCGGAUGACGACAUACUUAGGUCAUCCUUGGAUGUUCAGAGAUGCAGAAACAGACACGUGUCUGCAAGUGAAUGGAAGAGAGAUGUUCAUACCUAACAUAUCACAUCAUGCAGCACCUAGGGAAUCACUGGUCUUCAUCACUCUUCCAGUUUACAGCCUAAAGGAAAUAUGUUUGCAAAGAGUACGCGGCCUUGUGAAGCGAGAAGACUACAGAAAGUUGGAAAUAGCAAGAUCAUUACAUGAUGACCUGGAGGACCACCCAGCUGUAGAAAAAGAUCUGCAGAGAAUUGCACUGCGACUGGUAGAAAAAAGGGAAAUGCAGCAGGAGUGAAUGUGUCAAAGACUUUAUGAUACUGGAUAAUCAGGACAUUGAGUACUACUGCCAUGCACUGCUCUAUAAAGUGUUAUAUUUAUACAGUAUAGUAUUGUUUUUAAUAAUAGAAGACUAUUCUCUUUCUUCAUUCCGUUUUGAUUGUCUGAAUUUUUUUUUUAUCAUCCACUGCAUUCAGUAUUUUGUAGCGCAUUGUUGCUCUCAAACCAAGCACUGUGAAUUAAAAGAACUCUGGCAUUUCCAUUGUA